AUAGUUCAUUUGAAGGAAAACAACUCAACCAACAGGGAAUCUAAUAAGCAACUUGAGAUUGAGAUUCACCUUUAUAAGUUAUAACAAUAUAAGAUUGCAUCGCUAUCUAAUUCGUAUUAUUGAUUAACCAUGAUUUCCAAAGAGAACUGAUAAAACAGCUAAUGAAGUCUCUAUAUCAAUGAUCCUUUUCACUGUCUUUCUCUGUCUCUGUCUCUUUUCACUCACCUUAUGAUCUUGAUUGCCCUGUUAGACAUCAAUGUUUCAAAAUAACACCUCUUGACUUAAAAAUGAACAAAAAAUAACAAAGGCAAUGAAAGACAUAAGAAAAAGAAUAAUUGUUUAAGAGUUCAAGUGACUGUGAGUUCAUCCUGGUUGAAGUAAAAUAGAAAGAUUAAUAGAAGGAAAAGAAAGAAGAUUGAAGACGGAAAAAUUAAGAGAUGGAAAGAGAGUUAAUGAGAGAGGUAAUUAGAUAGUGAGAGAGAGCCUUUGAUUAGUAUUAACAAUAAGUUCAGUAAUUCCAAUAAAUGGUUGAUUUUAAAUCAUUUAGCUUCAACAGUAAAGCCCUUAAAAAUAUCCAAAAUGACUUUAAUUACCGUGCAGCUGAUCUAUCAACGAGACAUCUCUUCUGGGAAAAUUAUGAGAAGGUUCGCGUUGUUGGAAAAGGUGCCUUUGGGACGGCCAUUUUGUACCGACGUAGACUAGAUGGUGACUUGGUGGUGAUGAAGGAGGUCGAUGUGACCUACAUGAAUGCCUCGGAACGUUUAAUGGCCAUUAAUGAAGUUAAAGUUUUAUCCAUUCUGGAUCAUCCUAAUAUUGUCUCUUUUUACAACAACUACGAAUGGGAAGGCAAAUUGUUGAUAGAGAUGGAGUACUGUGAAGGUGGUACAUUGGCCGAAUUUUUAUCCCUCUUGUCCAAGCCUCUUAAAGAGUUCGAGAUACUCACUAUUUUUAAUCAAAUUGUUUCUGGAAUAACUUAUAUUCACGAUCGUAAUAUACUUCAUCGAGACCUGAAAACAGCCAAUAUAUUCAUGACCAAAGAAAAGAUAUUUAAAAUUGGUGACUUUGGUAUCUCCAAAAUUUUGGGUACUCAUAGAGAAGGAGCUUCAACUGUUGUUGGAACACCUCAUUACAUUAGUCCAGAAAUGUGCGAAGGCAAAUCAUAUGACAAAAAGACUGAUAUCUGGGCUUUGGGUUGCAUCCUUUAUGAAAUGGCUUGUCUUCAUAAAACCUUUGAAGGAACCAAUCUUUCAGCUUUGGUUAAUAAGAUCAUUAAGGGUAAAUAUGAUCCCGUUAAGCGGAUAUAUUCAGCUAGAUUUCAAAAGCUAAUUGGUGAAAUGUUGCAACGAGAUCCAACUUUGCGCCCUCAUGCUCAUGAAAUACAAAAUGAUGUCUCGGAACUUUUAAUCAAAGCUCGUCUCAAUCGGUAUGAAAGUGAAAUAUAUUCAAACGAAAUUUCAACUGGAGCCAUGUUAGCUGCUGAUCAAUUGUACAGGUCAAUCAAAGUCUGGCGAUCAUUAAUAUUUGAAGUGAACCUACGUGAGCCUAAUCUUGCCUUAAAUAAAUUUGAUUUACCCUUCAGUGAAAGGGUAACUCAGUUUGCCCGCAGUUCAAAUCAUUUUCUUUCGUUGACUGACAAUUCAUCGAUUUACGUUUGGGGCUAUGGAGGUAAAGGUCAACUUGGCUUGGGUCGUUUAUCCAAACCAACCAACUCAACGGGUCCAAACCCAGCUGAUUGGGUUCCUAAGGCGGUUUUAGUUGAUGAAUUGUCGGGUAAAUUUGUCACCAAAUUGGUUGCUGGUGAAGGUUUCAGCAUUUUCAUUUGUAAAAAUGGUUUAGUCAUGUCUUGUGGAUCAGCUGAAUCAUGUUGCCUUGGCUAUGAGACGGAGGAAAAUAGUUAUACACCAAAAAUAAUCAACGAAUUAUUGGGUUAUAAUGUUCAGGAUAUCACUUCGGGUCCUCGACAUGUCAUGAUUGUAACUGAUGAAGGAAAAGCCAUGGCUUGGGGAAGAAACAUUGAUGGACAAUUGGGAAUCGCUGAAGAAUCAGUGACUGUUAAAACACCGACUCCUGUUAAUUUUGCUGCCAAUAUUGUAAUUAAAAGAGUCUUUACUGGACCUGAUGCGACCAUGUUUAUUGAUGAUCGUGAUGUUGUUUGGGCCUGUGGCUCCAAUGAAUACAAUAAGCUUGGUAUUCAGGAAAAAUCUUUGAUUAAAAAGAUGAAUUUUAGUCGCAUUUUUGCUCCCAAAGUUGUUAAAUGUAUUAAAGAUAAAGUUGAAUCCAUCAGUCUUAGUCACAAGAAUACCUUAAUCCUUCUUCAAAAUGGUUCCCUUUUAGUUUUGGGACUCAACGAGACUGGAAGGAUAUCAAAAGGAUCCAAUAUAGUCGCUGAAAAGAUCAAUUUAUUACCUAAAAUGUCUCAAAACUCAAUAACAAAAAUUCAAGCUGGUAAUGAUUUCUUGUUAGCUCAAACUUUUGAAAAUCAAGUUUACUUUUGGGGAAUCAGAGAGGUUGAAGAAGAAUCUAAAUCAUUACUUCAAAACCAAGAAGAAACAUCUGAAAUAUCAGAAGUAAUCAAAAUAGGUGAAACGAAUGCUCCUCUUAUGAAUAUUGUGGAAAAAAUUGGACCUGAUUAUCCGAUUUUGUUGGUUCGAGAUCCUAAAGUUGUAAUUGAACAAAGUAAACAUUUAACAUUAAUUUCAUCAAAUAGAAACUCAAUUAGGCGCGAUUAUAUACUUAAACCUCAACCCAUUCUGACUCUUUAUGCAUCUCAUGUAUACUUGAGAUUUGGAGAAGCAGUUUCGUUAUCGAGUAUCCACUGUUUUCCCGAUGACCGAGUUUAUAUUAUAAUUGAUACAACAAUUCCUUCACCAAAUGCAAAUAAAAACAAUGAACCUAAAAGACAACGAAGUAGAGCAAUCGGAACUUCAGUAUUACCUGUUCUUAAAGAAGAGAUGUCAUUAUCCAUGGUCAAUACUCGUAAUCUAUCAUCAACUGAUGGGAUCCCUGAAUGGAUUAAACUGGAAGCUGAAAGAUGGGAAAAGGAAUCAGAUGCUAGUAAAAGGAUUGAAGCAAGUCGCACAUUCCCGUUAAGCGCUCGAGAUCUUGAAUACAGAAAUAUUUUCCAAUUUUAUCAAGAACAAAUUGAAAAUCUUAAUAAUCAAUUGUUGGAAUGUCAGCAAAAGAAUAAUGCUUAUCAAAAUCAAGUUAGUGAAUUAGAGGAACAAUUGGCCAAAUUGAGAAGAGAGCAACGAAAAGCAGCAGCUAACUUUUGUAAUAUCAUUUGACCUGAAACUGGACCCUUUUGGCACAUAAGCAUACAAAUUAAUAUUUGGAGCUGGUUCUUCAGCUGUUGACAAAAAUCUUAUGCAAGUUAAGACAAUCAAUGUUUGGAUGAACGGAAAUUAAUCUAUCUGAAACAUGGGAAUAUGUUUUAUUCAUCGCUCCGCAUACCAGCAAGAAUCAUUUAUCGUUCAAAAUAAGUUGUAAAACAAUAUUUUUGAAAAGCUUGAUUUACGCUUAUAAUUAAUAACCUGGAUAAAUGUAAUAUAAACAUUAAGUUUGACCUUUUAAGUCUCAUACUUUUGGUCACUAAUACUCUAGAUGUAAGCGUAAUGUUUACUUAACAAAUCCAUCUUGAUUUUAAAUAUUUGACCAUUUUUACAGAUACUUAACGAUAAAAAGGAAAGCAUUAUUUUUCAUUUCCAUCAUAUGCUUUCCAAACGCACAAAGAAAUCAAAAUUGUUAUAUCAAUUUAUAGUGUACAAAAACAUUUUAUUUGCUAUUAAUAUUUCAAACGAUGUCAUCAAAGUUCCUGGUGAUUUUUUUCAAUCCAAGAAAAGAAACCUGUAAUUAAACAGAAAUUAAAACAAAAUUCAAAAAUUA